UCCUACUAAAGCCCCACCUCCGGCUGAAGUAUACACAGCGAGAAGCGGGGGCAAGGGAUUUAAAACUUUUUAGCGACCUAUAACUGUGACCAUAUCAUUAGCCCAUCAUUUGGCGGAAUACUGUCGCGUUGUUUGUUUGUCAUCACAUGUUUUGAAGGAGACGGCGCGUGUUCCUGUUCAUUCGAUUCGAAAGGAGAGAAGACUUUUGGGCUUAUGGGCUCGAGCGUUCUCAACAGCUAAAGCCAAAAGUUGACGCAGGACAUUCUGGAAAUUUGGACUUUUCUCUGCUGACUGCAAGUGGAGAGGAGAGUGACUGACUGCAGGCCGUUUUGAAGAGGAGGCUGGAAGCUAAAAGAAGGCUGAAGACUCCCUCAGGAGAACGACGGCAGGCUCCCCCCUCACUCUCCUAUAACGGCACACCCAGGGCACUGUGCCGCACUGUGCUGCAAUCGCGUCUGUGAAGAUUGUCAUUCAUACAUUCAUUCAUCCAUCGUCGCUGCUAAGCCUCCUUUUCGCGCUCCUCUUUGUCCGGUCGCUCAGGUGGUGUCGCCGCCGCCAUGGCACAUCGACAAGCACAUCGACUCCUCCUGGUCUUCCUCUUGGCGCUCUGCUACGACCGCACCUCAGCAGGUCCGUUAUCUCGUAGCCCGUGUGAGCUGCUACCGGUGGGUUCUGGCCACCCGGUGCAGGCCCAGUUGAAGAGCUUCACGGCGCUGUCCGGUUGCGCCAGCCGCGGCACCACGGCUCUGCCACAGGAGGUGCACGUCAUCAACCUGCGCAGCAGCGGAGCCGGAGACCGACCCGGAGACAAGCCGGCUGAGGUGUCCCUCCACCUGAAGCCUAUCCAGUCCAUCGCGGUCCACCAGAAGGCCCUGGUGUUCGUCCUCAACUCCCCCCAGCCCGUCACCUGGAGGCUGAAGACAGAGAACCUGGCGCCCGGGGUCAAACGCACCUUCCACGUAUCGGCGGGCUCCAGGGUGCAGUUCGAGGCGGGUAACUUCUCGUUGUCGUGCGAGGUGAGGAAGGAGAGUCUGCCGCACCGUAACGAGCACCUGCUGGACUGGGCGGUCAGGAAGUACCGCGCCGUCACUUCCUUCUCCGAGCUCAAGAUCGCGCACGACGUCUACAUCAAAGUGGGAGAAGACCCCGUCUUCUCGGACACUUGCCGCAUCGACAACAAGUUCCUGUCACUCAACUACUUGGCAAGCUACGUGGAGCCCCAGCCGUCGAAGGGCUGCGUCCUCACCGGGCCCGACAACGACCAGGAGGUCCACAUCAUCGAGCUGCAGGCACCCAACUCCAGCAGUGCGUUCCAGGUGGACGUGAUAGUGGACCUGAGGCCUAUGGAGGGGGACAUCCCGCUGGACAGGGACGUGGUGCUGCUGCUCAAGUGUGAGAAGCUGGUCAACUGGGUCAUCAAGGCACACCGCAUCACCGGGAGGCUGGAGGUGGUGACAUCGGACACCAUCAGCCUGGGUGCCAACACGGAGAGGCUGAUGCAGGUGCGUAAGAAUCAGAAGGUGCCUCUGCCCUCGGGCUCCCAGGCCCUCAUCCAAUGGGCUGAGGAGAAUGACUAUGGACCCGUCACCUCCUACACCAACACCCCUGUUGCCAACCACUUCAGCCUCCGCAUCCGGGAACAAGAGCUAAUAGACCCUCUGGAGUCUCUCUUCCCUCCGGAGCUCUCCAUCUUGCGUAACCCGGACUCUGCCUUCCCCCACGGCGCCGCCGGAGACUCCACCCCUCCUCGCAUCAGCCUUCCGUUCCCCUUCGCCCCGCGACACCCCCGGGUCCAGGAUCACCCCCACCCCCACCCGCACCCGGUCCUGCCCCCCUCCCUGGAGGCGCUGGGUCUGCCCUGGAUGGAGGAGGGGGGCCCUGAGGAUGAGCACCCCCCCGAAACCCCCACCUUCGGGCUCAGCGUGCAGUGUGAGGAGGACCGUAUGGUGAUCAGCAUCGAGAAGGAGAGCCUACAGGAGGCUGGCUUUGGCAAGGUGAAUGUGACCUUGAGGGACACCGAGUGUCGGGCCACCUCCAACUCCACGCACUACACCGUGGACACGGUGCUCACCGGCUGCCAAACCGACAAGUUCCCACUCCAGCACAGCACCAUCUACGUCAACAACCUGUUGAUCAAGCCGGUGGAGUUGAAGGAUGGCAGCGGUUGGCCUGGCGACUAUGAGGACAGCGAAUCCGGAGACGUGGUGUUGCCCGGCGACACGGAGGGGGAGGGGCUAGAGAAGAACCCUCUGCUACACACACCUCAUCGAGGAGGACCUACCAUACCCGUCCUGUUCAACUGUACGUAUCGUAAGACCCAGCCCCAGAGUGGUGUGGACCCCCACCCCCCCUUCCCUCUAAACCCCUUCAUGCUGCCGGGCUUUGGGCCUCAGGGCUCCUCCGACCUGCUGGACAACGUGACCUUCAGCAUGGAGCUCUACAGCACCAACCUCUUCCUCGUCAACCCCUCGCACUUCUUCACCGUCUCGGAAAACAAGCCCGUCUACGUGGAGGUAACGGCGACUAAGACAGAUCCUGACCUGAGCUUCGUCAUCCAAGGCUGCUUCCUGUCCUCCAACUCCAACCCCAAGGUCCAGCCGGAGUUCACGCUGAUCGAGAACAUCUGUCCUACUGAUGACACGGUGGCGUAUUACCCGGGUCGUGUGGACGCUCCCGCCCCGCACGCCCAGGCCGACCGCCAGCGCUUCAGCUUCCACUUCCAGCACCAGUUCAACGCCUCGCUUGUCUUCCUGCACUGUGAGAUGUCCCUCUGCUCAAACAGCCCCGACAACAUGGAGCUGUCAAAGUGCAUCCAGCCGGCGGAGGCGUGCGAGGAGAUGGAGGCCACGACCAUCCUAAGCCUGAUGAGGUACACCAAGAAGGCCAGCCAGCGCCUCGUGGUCAUCUCCGCCGACGCGGACCGGGACGGGGACAUCUUCAGCGACGCCACCCCCGAAACCGACCCCGACAUCCCAGCGGUGACCACCAACGGAUACCAGCCGAAGGAACCAGGACAGAGUAGCUACGUGUUGGACACCACCACAGUGGUCGGCAUCGCCUUCGCUGCUUUCAUCAUCGGAGCUCUUCUCACUGGAGCACUCUGGUUCAUCUACUCACACACAGGUGGUCCUACCAGGUCGGAGCCUCCUCCUGCGUGUACUAAGUCUCAGCCUGCGUCGGAGAACAGCAGUGCGGCCCACAGCAUCGGCAGCACGCAGAGCACCCCCUGUUCCAGCAGCAGUAACGCAUAGCCCUGGAGGGAGGAACACCAGCUCUAUAGAACUCUAGAACACUCACGCUGGAACCCCUUACAACUCUCAGAACCCUCACCCUGGAAUUCUAGAACCAUAGAACCAACCACAUCACAAUGCUGGAGAACUCUUCUAUCAAUCAAUGCCAUGCUCCAGCAGCAAGAAUGAAUGCGCCUGGGGAACCCCCUGGGAAUACAGCCCUGCGAUCCUAACCCUGGAACCCUAGAGCCCUCACCCUACACUGUAAAACAUUGCCGCCAGUUAAACUUGAACAAGUAAGUUGCCCUGCUGCCUUACGUUUGUAAGACUAGCCAACUUGAGGAAGCCUCAACUUGAGAAAGCCUUGAGUUGAUUGGACUUGCAAACUUCAGGCAGCAAGGAAGCUUAUUUUUUUACAUUUGACUGGCUUGCAAAGUUUUACCGUGUAGAACCCAAGUCGUGAUGCUGGAAAAGUGUGGUAUGGACGUCUGCAGGGACUGAGACACAGCACACCCGCUCAGCUUACUGCAGUCACCUAGGCAACGACAGCCAGGCCAACCUUGAUCUGACCACCGUAAUGUCACUAUUAUCCCAGCCAUUUUAGAAAUGAAUUUAUAGAUUUAUAAAUGUAAAGUAAGAUGAGAGGUGAUAUAUUUAUGUGAAGCGAUAUCGAGAGUUUUACAUUUUAUAGAUUAAUGGGUCCCUUGUGAAGCCUUAUCAUAAGUCCUGUACCAUUGAGAGUACAGGCUUUAUUUUAUUUUAUUUUACUUUUUUUACUAGAUUUUCUUUUUUAUUUUACCUUUUUUUUCAAGAUAAAGAGAAGCAGAGGUAUUUUUGGAGGGUGGGGAACACGUUGUAAAGCUAGCACACGGACACAACCUUCACCUACUUGACCUUCACCCACACACAUGUUUGAUUUCCACAACACAAUUCCAGAGAAUGUGUGAGAAUGUGUACUACUGCGGUCGGUCAAUAGUGGGCGCUAUGUUUGGCCGGUGUGUGUGACCCAAACACGCAUGACCCGAACUGGCACCAAGGUCUCAAAAAAUCCCUGUGCUGAACUCCACAUGCUAAAAGAAGAGGAAGAAGUUUAAAAAAAGAAGAAGAGGGGGUGGGCUGGGGGAACCAGGGAUGAAUACCGCUGUUUAUUUUUAUUGUGAAGUGCUGCUUCAUAUUCCUAAAGCCACAAAUGGGGACUGUUUUUUUUUUUCGUGGUCCUCUUUUUAAACGUAAUUUUGACCAUAUAUGGUCUAGUGUUUAAACUGUACAUAUAGAUAGCCUGUUUACGGCAGUCAGUCUUGAGUCCGCACACCACAAGUCAAACCACAACAUGUUUGCCAAUCCCCCCGUGAUGUGUUUUUAACCUUCGGGUCAACCCCCAAACUACUCAUGUUAGAUCAUUGGGGAAACAAAAUAUGUUAUUUGCAGUAUAGACCGAAGAAUUUUGAUGAGAAAGAAUCCUCUUCUAAAUUUAAAUGUAUGGAAGCCAAACAUAUAGGCCUACUUUUAUUGCAGUUGAUUUUGAACAUCUCGAUUGACUUUAUUUUGAUAUUGUAACUGAGUAGUUUUGGUUUUGGUUUGAUAAACGGAUAGUGAUAGGUCAUCAUAGGUACUCAAGGCUGGCUGGUGUGGGCAGGCAUCAGAAGAGGCAUUCUAUCCUUUCCCGUCAUAACCACCUGUGUUUUGUAAAGUAUAUUUGUAUAUUUUUGUGAAUACUGUACAUAGCAGAAAGUAACUCACUAACCUUUAUAUACGAUACCUAUAAGAUGUGAGAGUGUGUGUAAUAAUAAUGGGCUGAGGGCUAGUAUUCCCCAAAGAGUUUUAUGCAAAGAGAGUAAUUUAGAGAAAGAUACUUCAAGCCCGUGCAUUUCCUGGUUCCGUGUGAUGUCAUGUGAACGCCCCUUUAGGAGAGAUGCAGUUAGGAGACCUUUGGAGCGCUUUAGGUUGAGAAUAAAUGGAGUUCCCUUGGCACUCUAGAUGGCGGUAGCGCACAUCUUGUGAAAGCUGUCACCAAAUGCCACAGAAAGAGAGGAAGAAGGAGGGGAAAACGCCCCUUUAGGAGACCAAACUUGACCAGACUCCUUUGCAUUGCAGACUUUGAAUCAUCUCUCUUUAAUCGACUCUCUUUGGUUUAUGCUUUGUGCAGCAGAGGACUGAUGCUACAGUGAUGCUAAGCUAGUGUUGGGUAGAGAUGGGAGAGUGAUAGAUGGCGAUGUAACUGACGUCAUCUGCCGUAGUUCGCCACUCGGGUCUCGAACCCGUGACCUACCAGUCAAUGCUCCAGUUCAGGCAUGGGAGGCGCAGCACGAUACCGCUGUGCUAAAGGGCCAGAGGUAUUAGCUCAGAGCUAUCGAUGCCGUAUGAGGUUUCGGGUGGGAGGGUUACUCACGUUCUACGCUAAACCCUGCUAGUUGGCAUCCAUUACACAGAGGUGUCAAAAAUCUGGACCAGAACUAAAA